AUGGCAAGCUCGAAUCAAAAAAUCGCGUCUGUAUCAUUCCUGGUGCCAGACUACGACGAGGGAAUAGAUUACUUUGUCAAUUCGCUCGGCUUUACACUCACAUCUGAUGUCGCGAUGGGUGGUGGCAAGCGCUGGGUGGUCGUUCAUCCUCCAAACAGCGAUACUGGAACCGGAUGUGGACUUGUACUUGCUGUACCAUCCAAUGAUGUACAAAAGAGCGCGCUGGGUAAUCAAGCCGGAGGCCGGGUCUGGCUUUUCCUGCAUUCAGACAACUUCUGGCAGGAUUAUGAGAAAAUGAAGAGCAAAGGAGUUGUUUUCAUGGAGGAACCAAGGAAAGAACCAUAUGGGGAUGUCGUUGUCUUCAAGGAUAAGUGGGGAAAUCGGUGGGAUUUCAUGGGACCCAAGUCGAGCUCGUGA